AUGGCAGCAUCCAGCUUCGAUGAGCUUCGUCAAUCCUUACCCUGCAUAGAGAUCUACGUCCCUGGUGAUUCUGGUUAUAAGGAAACCUUGAAGAGAUGGAGUGCAUCGUGUAUCAAGCCGGCCGCCAUCGUCGUUCGCCCUACUACUGCUGAAGAAGUGAGCGUUGCUCUUCGUUACGCGACAGAGCACGAUGUGCUUCCACUGGCCAUUUGCGGUGGUGGACAUUCUACGAGCGGAGAUUCGGCUUCUGAUGGUGGCAUGGUCAUUGAUCUGUUUAAAAUGCGCUCUACCGAGGAUGUCAAUGGCGCCUUGUGGGAGCAUGGUCUCGGUACUGUCAGUGGCGUCGUGGGUGACACAGGUGUUGGUGGUCUUAUCUUGGAUGGUGGCUAUGGCUACCUGACUGGCCGUCGUGGUCUAGCGCUAGAUUGCCUUUUGGGCUGUGAAGCGGUUCUUGCUAAUGGAGACAUAAUCAUCGCUAAUAAAGAUGAGAACGCCGAUUUAUUCUGGGUAUUUCGUGGUGCUGGGCCCAACUUUGGGAUUGUUACGAACUUUACUUCGCAGGCCUAUCCUCAGGGGGAUUGCUGGGCUGGCUUUCUAGCUUAUCCACCUGAUAAAUUGGCCGAAGUCAUCGAAUUUGGCAACCUAUUCAUGAGAACUACCGAUGGCAACUCCAUGCUUUCAAUCAUUGUUGGAAACUUCAUCCCUCCAGAUAGGGCUGCUGGUCUUCUUGCCGUGGUGUUUUACAACGGGACUAAAGAUGAAGGGAAAGAGUUCUUCAAGCCCCUAUACGACCUCAAGUUAAUAGGAGACACCACUGCAACUAUGCCGUAUACGGAGGUGAACCUAAUGUUUAAUAAACACCACCGAACUCCCAAGGACCGACAUCUCUUUGGUGGCUUAAACUUCACCCUGCCACUGAACGUCACUUACGGGUUACAAAUCGCCGAACACUUCUGGAGGACCACCAGACUACCAGAAAAUGAGGACAUAAAAGGCAGCACCCUGACCUUUGAGUAUUACCCGACUUAUUAG